GCGACGGGGCGGGCGGGCGGGCAUGAUGGGCGUGGCUGCGGGUCGCCCUUCCCCAUUUGCGGGCUCCACCCUUCCCCGGUCUGACCCUGGAACUCCAGGGCUAUCCUUGGCUGGUUCCAUAUCAUCCUCAUCCACCUCCGGACUUCCAUCCAGGCACGCACUCCAGCGUGGCAAGAAUCAAAGGUCUCAAACUAUAGAUCUGGCGAUCUGGGCAGAAAGAAACCCAGAGGCUGCGUCUGCUGCCGAUAUCCCCUUUGAUGUGAGUCAUGGUAGCACCUAUGAAGGGCCAAGUGUGUGUGGUAACAGGUGCCUCCAGGGGUAUUGGCCGUGGCAUUGCCUUACAGCUUUGCAAAGCAGGUGCCACAGUUUACAUUACCGGCCGACAUCUGGAUACGCUUAGAGCUACUGCCCAGGAGGCACAGUCCCUCGGGGGCCGGUGUGUACCCGUGGUGUGUGAUUCAAGCCAGGAGAGUGAAGUGAAAAGCCUGUUCGAGCAAGUAGAUCGGGAACAGAAAGGGCGGCUAGAUGUUCUGGUCAAUAAUGCCUAUGCUGGUGUCCAGGCAAUCCUGAAUGCCACCAACAAGUCAUUCUGGGAAGUACCUGCCUCCAUCUGGGAUGACAUAAACAAUGUUGGACUCAGAGGCCACUACUUAUGUUCCGUGUAUGGGGCGCGGAUGAUGGUGCCAGCUGGCAAAGGACUCAUCGUGAUUGUCUCCUCCCCUGGGGGGCUGCAGUAUAUGUUCAAUGUCCCUUAUGGUGUGGGCAAAGCUGCGUGUGACAGACUGGCUGCUGACUGUGCCCAUGAGCUACGGCGUCACGGAGUCAGCUACGUGUCUCUGUGGCCAGGGCUGGUGCAAACAGAACUGGUGAAGGAGUUUUUGACAAAAGAAGAGAAUCCUGAGGACCCUCUAUUUAAGAAGAUGAAACCAGAUUUCUCAUCAGCCGAAAGUCCAGAAAUGAGUGGCAAGUGUGUGGUGGCCUUGGCAACAGACCCCAAUAUCCUGAACUUGAGCGGGAAGGUGCUGCCAUCCUGUGACCUUGCUCAGCGCUAUGGCCUUAAGGAUAUCGAUGGCCGCCCUGUCAAAGACUACUUUUCUCUGGGCUAUGCCCUCUCACAAGUCUCCAGCCUGGGAUGGCUCAGCUCCUUCUUGCCUGGCUUCCUCCGUGUACCCAAGUGGGUCAUCACCCUCUACAGCAGCAAAUUCUAACUUCUUGACCUGCCAUCCCCGCCCUUCCAGAACCUCGUCUCAUUGAGGCUCAGGUGGGUGGGGCUGUCUUGGUGGAACAAACCUGCUUUCCCACAUACGCAUGUCCUCACCAUGAAGAGAAGGUGGCUGCGGGGAGUCUAGUGCAUUCUGGGGGCUCUGGUAGGUUCUUUGUGCCUUGGUUUUCCCUAUCCCUACAUCUUAAUAUUUUGCUUGAGUAAUUAUAAAUGCUUAUAAAUAGAAGUUAAUAAAGGUCUCAUUUCCCCUUCAA